AUGUGGAACUUCAAUAAAUACUCUGAAGCAUCAAAUUUCAAUGAUGAACUUCCACAAAUAUCGCUGCCAUCGGAAACAUCUAAUUCGAAACAUUUGAAUCACCGAACUCGUUCUGCGACUUUCCCACAUAGAAUGAUACAGUUUCCACCAUCCUCUGGAAUAUCGACACAUUAUCAGUCAAGAAACAUAAAUGAAGGAAGUUUACGAAGAACAACAUCAGAUAAUCGAACAAAAAGAAAUUCGAAACCGUUGGUAGAACCAUCAUCGACAUCUGCAUUUAGUAAAUUAAGGAUCAGAAGUACCUAUGCUCAUAUAUUUAGUAAUGCCAUUUCACGUUUUCUAUUACCGGUUUAUAUCUCAACUCGUAUUGAUACUUCCGAUCGAUUUACAGUCUGCGGUCGUGUUCGACCAUUUUCCGAAAAAGAAACUUUGCAAAAUGAUCUUUACGAUUGUGUGACUACAACUGAUAACACAGUUACUGUACAUAUUGGGAAUUUACAUCUAAAUAAAUUAGAAAUGAAACAUAUGACUUUUCAUUUGGAUAAGAUUUUCGGAAAAGAUGCAUCGAAUGAAGAUGUUUACAAUGUUGUUCGAAAAGUCAUUGUGCAAUCGCUUCCUCAAGAAAAUAUUCCACCUGUUGAUUCGACUGUGUUCUUAUAUGGGAAAACUGGAACAGGAAAGUCACGCACUGUCAGUGGAAUUACUCAACAAUUCGCACAAGAUGUAUUUCAUAUUAUUCAAAAAUCGCGUUAUCAAAUACGUAUUGGAAUCUCUGCUGUCGAAAUCGUUGCAGGUACAAAAGGAUUCAUCGUUUCCAAAGACAAUAUCUGUGAUCUUUUCAAUAAUGGUUCUCUUGUUUACUUUCGAGAAGAUGCUAAUGGAACGGUACAUCUGAGAGGAGCAAAAGAAUAUCUUUGCGAGAAUAGUGCACAAAUGAAUACAUAUAUACAGAAAGCUAAAGCCAUCCGACGAACACAAGCGACUACUCGUAACUCGGAAUCAUCUCGAUCGCAUCUUAUUUAUUUUAUAUUUAUACGCAAUGCAGCCGAUCAUUUCGAAGAUGGACAAAUUCUUUCUAAAAUCACUUUUGUUGAUUUAGCAGGCAAUGAAGGACAACAAGAUUCUCUAUUUUACAAAGGUGGCAGCGAUCAAAUCAAAGAUUCAACAUCAAUCAAUCGUAGUUUAGCCAGUUUACAAGAUUGUAUACGUUCUUCAGCCGAUGGAACAAAAGUAAUUCCGUUUCGUGGAACUGUUUUAACUCGUCUUCUCAAAAAUUGUUUCUUUUCAAAAGAAUCUAAAACAAUUUUCAUUGGGACAAUAUCUGCAUUACCGAUGGAUGCUGAACAAAGUAUACUCACUUUAAAAUACGUAGGUCUGAUCAAAUGGACUAUACAAGAUUUCAUUAUCGAACAAAUCGACAAGUUAAAUGCUAUUUUAUAA